AUGGGAACGCGAAAGCGCAGCCGUUCCGAGGCGCAUACUCAAAAUGAGCAGCAGCAGGAGGAGGAGGAGCCUGGCCUCUUGCAAACGAUUCGCAACUGCUGGGAAUUUGCCAGCCUCAUGCAGUACAUCAGCAUAUUUGGCAAGGUUAUGAAGAUUGACGAGGAUUUUGAGAUUGAGGAUCUCGAAGAAGAAUGUCUCAAACCUGAGCCCUCACACAAGCUACUGGAGAUUGGAUUGUGCUUAUUGAAAUGGAUUUCAUCGCACCGUGGACUCACCUUUGAUAAUUUCGAUGAAUACGCUCGCCGCCAAUACAAUGCCAAAGGACCCCAACACAAUAAUCCAUUUGGAUACGAAGAAGAACCUAAUAAGUUCCUCCACAUGGAGGUUUUCACCAAGCUUAGGGUGCUCCAUCAACUGUCUGUGUGGACAUUUUGGAACGCGGAUCGCCUGAGGGAGAAGAUGCCUGAAAGUAAGGAAAAUGAACAGACAGAAUGGCGCAUUGAAGAAUUCGGAUGGGAUCGUGAAGGUCGAUCCUAUUAUGUCCUUGACGACAACCGUCUCUACCGUCGCACCGACCCUGCUAUCCCAGAACCUGUACGUCCACAGAAGAAGGCUAAGAGCCGUUCUUCGCGAGCCUCUCGAGCCUCGAAGCGCGCGUCAGCUGUCGCAGUUGAAGAAGAAUCUGCCAUUGAGAAUCAUAAUGGGGAGACCGGCAGUGACGAACUCAAGUGGGAGUGUGUGGCUGUCACCCUACAGCAGUACCAUGAUUUCCUUGAAACCAUCAAGAGCAAGGAUGAGGAUGAGAAGUUACUGUACACUCGAAUUGAGGAUCAUGUUUUGCCUUUACUGCUUAAGAUUGAAGAUGCACAACAGCGCAAGCGUCAGAAGCGUGAAAAAGAACUCCACAGCAUGCAACUUCUUGCUGGUGCAAAGCGAUCGAGUCGCCUUGCUGCCAAGGAAGAGCGAGAGCGUUCUGAGAAAGAAGCUGCCGACGCAGCCCGAAAGCGGGAGAUUGCCAUGGCCGAGGCACGUCGGGACCAGGCGCGACACAAGCAGCUUGAGCAAGACCGACAGUCUCGUAUGAUGACUCGCGAGCAGCGCAUCAAGGACCGCGAGCAGAAGCGCAUUCUGCAUGAAGCAGAGCUUGAGCACCUUGCCGCUGAACAGGAAAAGCUAGAGCGGGGCGAGAGCAGAGCCUCUGCACGCAACCUUCAAGCGGAGUUGGCAAAGUCUCAGAAGACAUUGGAACAACUCAAGCAAGAGGACCAAUGGGUGUUUGACUGCUCUGGAUGUGGAGCCUUUGGUGAGAAUAUGGAUGAUGGAAGCCACAGCGUUGCAUGUGAGAAGUGCAACGUCUGGCAGCACAGCAGCUGCCUCAAUAUCAAAAAGGAAGAUGCCGGGAAAGAUGACUUCCACUUCAUCUGUCGUGAUUGCAAGCAAAAGCAGGAAGAUUACAAUCAGCCCAAGCUCCCGCCAAUCAAAUUCCGAGUCAGUGCAUCUCCUUCAUCUCCUAGUGACGGCAAUAAGCGCAAGGUGGACGAGGAUGACGAUCUUCCUCCCUCGUCUCCGGUGAAAAAGACUCGUACUGCUCUUUCCGAUCUACAGAAUGGGCCAUCCACUGGCUUGCCUGCUCACCAAACACUGCCUUCUCUCCAAGGGCAAUUCUACAUUCCUCAGUCACCCGAGCGUCGUGCUCAAUUUACCAACCAAACCCCCCUGCCAUCAUCCAGCCCUCCUCGACCUCUAUUCUCUCCACAAAAGAAUGGCACUGUCCAGCAUACCCUGCCGCCCAUGCAACCAGGACCCCUACCACCUAUUGGAACCUUUGGAUCUUUCCCCUCUGUUCGUCCCUCUUCUUCUCACUCUGGACAUGGCCCGAUACAAAAUCAGCCAUCAAUGUCUCCUACCCAGGGCAACCGUGACGUUGGCCCUCUCGCAGGCUUUCCCCCUGUCGCCAUAAACGGCUCAAAUUCAUUCCAGAGCUACUCAACUCCGCGCCCACAAUCGGGUCAUGGAGCGCUCCCAGCGAUGUCUGGCAAUUACCGACGCUUUUCUGCUGCCGCGACCCCGAACGGCAGCCACUCAUCGCCUCCACACAGCUCUCACGGAAUUGGUAUGUCUGGAAUCAGCCCAACCAAGCAGUCCCCUCGCCCCAUGACUGCAGGCAUGGCUGGCGCCCAUGUCCUACCACUCAUUCACAGACUAGAGCCAAGCCCCAAGCUCAUGGGCCGCAACUCGCCAGAUGCACCUAUCCCCCCGCCCGUGAAGUGCAUGACACCAGAGCAGGAAGAGCGUCGAGCACGCGAGAUGCAGCAGGGAUACAGCUACAGCCAGCAGAUGUCAUCCCCUACCAUGAAUCGCAUCCCCUCGCUGAACUCCACGGCUCAACAGCCUGAGCCUGUUCCAUCGCCUCAGCGUGGAGACAAAACUCGGCAGUGA